AUGAUCAUGAAAAACACCCUAUUCACCGUCUUCCUCUCGCUCAUAUCGCUUGGGACAGCAUUUUACGCCAUGGUCUAUCCCGCGUGGUUCCAGCAACAUUAUCGUCGUGAUGGCAACGAUGUGUACCAGGGUUAUGGGUUAUUUGCCUUCUAUUCCACCAAUUCCCUCGAGUCUCCGUUCUACGCUUCAGCAACCGUCCUUCAGUACGCUGAUUUUUGUGUGAAUGACACAAUUACGCCAAACUACAUGCUGGGAGACGGCGUGGACUUUCAUGAGGUUUUAUGUGGAAACCGUAUGAUGUCUGUACAAGCUACAACCGCCACGGGCGCAGCCGUCUCCGUGCUUGGACUCUUGAGUGCCAUUGGUGCCGUGUUUAACCCCACGGCUGGGUUUAUGGAACGUGUUGUGUCUUUUUGCACCUUUGUGGGCUCUCUCUUAUUGGCAAUAUCGUUAGUGAUUUGGGGUGCAUUGUUACAACAGACUUUUUUCUGGACGUGUUUAGCAUCGGUGAUUAUUCUCUCCAUUACUGGAUAUUUUAGUUCUGCUGGUCGAGCUGAAAAAAUCCGAUACUUUCGAAAAGAGUAUGAACGGGAUCUUGCUAUUGCAAUGCAGCAGAGUGUGGAUACAGAAGGAUACAGAGCACACAAUACACAAUUUGUACGUGGUGAAGCAGCGGCAGGAUUUGGUUUCCAGUCAACGACGCAACAGGCCUAUGGACAAGCUCCGACACCGGUGCAGUAUAAUCCAAAUUCAGGACACGUGUAUACGACACCACAGAGUAUACAACCGUAUGCUAAUGUCUAUGAUAAUCGACAUUUUGCUCCCAAGCCAAAAGGAUAUCAACAGCAGGUUGGCAACGUCUCACUUGCUGCACCGUCAGCAAAUGGACUUGGUCGGACAAACAGUAAUGACAGUGAUGCCGUUUAUCCUAGCUAUAGUGAACAGCGCAGGAACCAUUCAUUGUUGGGUCCUCAACUCAGUGGCGGUGUCGUGUAA